GCGAAAUGAUAUGCCAGAAAAUGGACUAUGGAAACAAGAGUGUGGAAUCAUUUAUUUAGAUGAUAAAAGGAAUCCUGGACACAUUGAGUAGCAUAUAAAAGACUCAAUUAAAAUUCAGCAAUAUACUUUGAUAGUUUUGGAAACUUACAACCGCCGAAAGAUCUUGUUAGUUAUCUUAAUGAAAACUAUAAAAGCAGAGGAAAAGAAAAUUUCCAACUAGUUAUUUAUCGACCUUGACAAUGAACGAUACAUUUAUUUUAACUCUCACCGGUAAAUCUUCAGUCUCAGAAACUGAUUACUUUCCACCCAUACGGGAAUGAAAAAAAUUAUUCCUCAGCACUUGUUUCAUUUUUAUCAUUCAAUUCAUUACCAAAUAUCGAUCAUAAAAAUAAUAUGAUUUCAUAUUUUAACAGUUAUGUUACAAUUGAAAUACUAACUGGAAGUUAUGAAAUAGAUGAUCUAGCUGCUUACUUAGAAAAAUAUCGAAUCAAAAUUACAUAUAAUAAAAAUACUGUACAUUCAUAUAUCACAAGUGAAAGAGACAUUGGUUUUGUAAUCCCAAAAUCACCAGCACGUUUACUUGGAUUUACACCGAAACUAUUGAGGGCUAAUAUAAAACAUGAAUCAAAUUACCCGAUUGAUAUUUUAAAAGUGAAUACAUUAAGAAUCGAGUGCAACAUUACAACGGGAGCUUACGUGAAUCAACAAAAAUUUCAUACAAUAUAUAACUUUUUUCCUGCUGUACCACCUGGUUAUGAAAUACCGUAUAUGAUGUUAUCAAACAAAAAUAAAAUUGAUAUAAUGAAAUAUAUACAAAAAGAUCCUGUCAUUUCUAUUGGAUUUAGAAGCUGGGAUUUAUAUGAAUAUACAUUGCUGCCACAAACAACCCAUUAUAUAUGGACAGUGAAAACUGCAACUCAACUGGAAAAGCCACGUUAUGUUAUUCUUGGUUUUCAAUCAAAUAGAAAAAAUGAUUGGCAAAAAGAUGUAACACAUUUUGAUCAUUGUAAAAUAACAAAUGUUAAACUUUAUCUUAAUUUUCAAAUUUUUCUUUAUGGGAAUUUAAAUCUUGAUAUUGAAAAAAAUCAAUUUCCUUUAUUAUACGAUAUGUAUGCUAAUUCUGCAGAGUCUUACUACGGCUCAAAAAUAGAUUUAGUGUCAAAAGAUAGUUUUAUUAAAAAAUCUCCAUUAAUUGUUAUUGAUUGUAGUAAACAAAAUGAGUUCUUAAAGAUUAGUACUGUAGAUGUAGGCUUAGAAUUUGAAUUAAAAGAAAACUUUCCUCAAGGAACGACAGUAUAUUGCUUAAUUUUACAUGAUAAAAGAAUUGAUUAUAGAACAAUAAGUGGAAUAGUACAUAAGUUAACAUAA